CGACACGCCAACUCCAAGGAAGGACGAGGAAGGGGACCAGCAAGGUUAAGCAGCGCGCCGCGGGAAGACAAUAAGAUGUCGAAAGUAAAUCGGAUGCAGAUUUUGGGCGUCCGCUCCUUCGACAACAAGCAACACCAGAAUAUCGUUUUCUGGACGCCUCUUACUCUUAUUGUAGGGUACAAUGGAUCCGGAAAGACGACAAUCAUCGAGUGCCUCAAGUAUGCAACCACCGGAGAACUGCCCCCAAAUAGCAAGACCGGGGGUGCUUUCAUCCAUGACCCAAAAUUGUGCGGCGAAAAAGAAGUCAUGGCCCGAGUGCAGCUCUCAUUCACCGCUGCAUCGGGCUCUCGUAUGGUCGUGGACCGGAAGCUGCAGUUGACUGUUAAGAAAGCCUCCAGGAGUCAAAAAACUUUGGACUGUAGUCUCCUUAUUGCCAAGGAUGGCGAAAAAUCUGUCGUCUCGUCCCGCGUCGCGCACUUGGAUCAGAUCCUUCCACAAUAUCUUGGUGUCUCCAAGGCUGUACUGGAGAAUGUCAUAUUUUGUCACCAAGACGAUAGCUUGUGGCCAAUGAGCGAGCCCUCUGCCCUGAAGAAGAAGUUCGAUGAAAUUUUCGAAGCCCAGAAGUACACUAAGGCAAUUGACAACAUCAAAAUUCUAAGAAAGAAGCAUACCGAGGAGCUUGGCAAGUUUAAGCUCAUCGAGCAACAUGCUAAAGAAGACAGGGACAGAGGCGAGCGUGCCAGGAAGAAGGCCGAUGCGCUAUUCGACGAAAUUGAAACACUCAAUAACAAGGCCAAAAACCUUGAAGAAAGGGUCGCAGAGGCCAAAAUGAAGUCCAAAGAAGCCUUCGAUCAUGCCGCACGAUUCGAGCAGAUUGUUGCGCAGCUCAAUGGAAAACGUAUCACUUUACGGGCCAAUCAGGAGAGUGUGGUCGAUUUAGAAGCCAACCUAAAGCAGAUGCUGGAAACGGAUGAAGAUCUUCACUCCAUGCUGAACCAGUACGAGGAGCGAGUCGCUUUGUAUGGGAAGCAACAGGAAGAGCUUCGCAAAGAGUACAGCAAUCUCAAACAAGACCUUGACGUGAAUCGAGAAUCUCUCGGUGUCAAGCAGAGCGAAAUCGGCAAAUACCAGGCGCAGAAGGAGCAGCACGAGCGCCACCUCUCACAACGCGAGACCCUCAUCAAAGAAACUGCGAAGCGACACGGCAUUCGCGGGUUCGAUUACGACAUCACUGACUCCCAAGUCACUGAUUUCCUAGCAAUUAUCGGGAAGAUGUCUAGUGAUCAGAACAGGGCUCUCGAUCGCGCUCGCAAAGACACCCAAGAGGAACUGCGUAACGCGCAGAAUGGAGUUAACCAGCUGAACGAACAGAAGUCAGUCUUGACUCAGAGGAAAGAAAUGUCGCGAUCUCAGAUUGCAGCCAACGACAGGCGGGUAGUGGACCUGCAGAGAACGAUGGACAAGAUCGAUAUUGAUGAGGGAGGCGAGGCAAUUCUCAAGGACAAGAAGAAUGAAACAGAGCAACGGCUGAAAACCGCAAAUGCAAAUAACCUUUCACAGAGAUUCGAUGAUCGAAUACGAGAUGCAGAUGCCGCGCAGCGUAAUCUAGACGAGAGAAAGGAGUCCUUAGAGGCGGAGCUUGUCAACGCCACCAGACUUGCCCGCGAUUCUGCGCAGAUUGAGUACGCUCAAGAUGAGCUGCAGCGGACAAAACGCAGCUUGGAAACGAUGAAAGGAGCCCACGGAUCUCGAAUUGCGCAGCUUGUUGAGGUAGGCUGGGAUCCUGCCACUUUGAGUUCCUCGUUCGAACGGGCAGUCACAUACAAGGCGACGGAAGUCAAAGAGGCCGAGUCACGUCGUGACAUUUCCCAGAGCAAGCUCGACAAUAUUAACUUCAAGCUGUCAACAGUUGAGUCCGAGCAAAAGAAGAAACGCACGGAAUUUCAGAAGUGUGAAAAGGCCGUGCAGGAUGCCAUUGGAUCAGACGACAUUGCCGAUUUCGAGCAGACGCUUCAGGAACGAGAAGAAAUCUACGAGACUACAACCAUGGAUCAGGCCAAAUUCCAAGCGCAAUUAGAGUACAUGCGGAGCUGCUUGAAGACAGCUAAAGAAGACGAUCGCUGUCGACUUUGCAAGAGGUCGUUGAAAGAUGACAGGUCAGAACAGUUCAAAAAGGCGGAGUUCAUCACGUCAAUCGAGCAGAUCAUAACAAAGGCUGAGAAAGCUGCACGAGAAGAGAAUGCCGACGAGAUGUUUGCCGAGCUCGAGGACGCAAAGAAAGCGAAACCAAGCUAUGAUUUGGCGAUGCGCCUACGACACACUGAACUACCAACACUCCAAUCCGAAUCUACCAGGUGGGUGGCUGAGCGGGAUGUUGUUAACAAGGAGCUAGAAGAGCAGGACGCUAUCAUCCAAGACCUCCAGACCUCGAAAAUGGAGGUUGAAUCACUCUCCAAAAAUGUUCAGUCGAUUGUCAAUUCCUACAACCAGGCUCGCGAUCUUGAGAAGAAGAUUCUUGAGCUCUCCGAGAAGCAAAAAGCUGCUGGUUUUGGUAGAAGCAUUGACGAUAUUCAGGAAGAGCUCAAAAAGAUCGGAGACGAAGUCAGGAGUGCUAAAGCCGUCCUUGCAAGCGUUUCUGAAGAGAGGGAUAAAUCGCGGAAUCUUGUUAAUACUCUCGAAUUUAACAUUCGCGACAUAAAUGCCGAACUGAACAGCGCUCAAUCCAAGCUGAAGGAGAAACGGGCGCUCGCUGAGCGCAUGGAAGAGCUCAAGACUCAUAGCAGCGAUCAGCGAGAGGCGAUCCGAGGCUAUGAUCGCGACAUACAAAAUCUUGUUCCUCAGAUCGAGCAAGCUCAACUCAAGUAUGACGACAUCAACUCACGCGGCAGCGAAAGAGUUCAACGUCUUCAAGACGACGCAUCAAAGUUGUCAGAUAGCGUCAGGCAGCUCUCUUAUGCAGAGAACGAGAUUACUGCUUAUAAAGAGAAAGGUGGCCCCCAGCAACUUGCUCGAAGCCAACGAGAGUUCGAAAUCCUUCAGGCUGAAAUCUCCCGCGUUGAGGAGGAUAUGAUUCAUGUCACUAGGCAGGUCAAGAAGAUUGAUGACACCUUACGUGAUACAGAUAACACGAAACGCUCCAUUAGCGACAAUCUCAGGUACAGGAAGGCGAAGCGCUCUCUCCAAACUCUCCAAGCGGAGAUUCAGGAGCUCGAGACCAACAACGCGGAAAAGGACCAAGAACGCUGGGAUCUCGAAGGCAACCAUUGGCAGAAUGAAUGGAAUAAGCUCACCACUAUGAAUGCGAGCCUACUUGGGACCAUGAAAGAGAAGGACGAACAGCUGAAGGACCUCGAGGCAGAAUGGCAGACGGACUUCCAAGAUGCAAACUACAAAUACCGGGAGGCGCAUAUCAAGGUUGAAACAACAAAGGCAGCCGUCGAAGACUUGGGUCGUUACGGAGGAGCCCUAGACAAAGCCAUCAUGAAAUACCACACACUUAAGAUGGAAGAGAUCAAUAGUAUCAUCGAGGAGCUCUGGAGGCAGGCGUAUCAGGGCACGGAUGUCGACUCAAUUCGGAUUCGCUCAGACAACGAAACCGGAAAGGGCAAUCGAUCGUACAACUAUCGAGUUGUCAUGGUAAAGCAAGAAGUUGAGAUGGAUAUGCGGGGACGUUGUAGUGCUGGUCAAAAAGUCCUGGCCAGUAUCGUCAUUCGUCUCGCGCUGGCUGAGUGCUUCGGGACGAACUGCGGUCUCAUCGCUCUUGAUGAACCCACUACAAAUCUUGACCAAGAGAACAUCAUUGGCCUAGCAAGCGCAUUGUCGGAGAUUAUAAAGGUUCGCAAGAAGCAAGCCAACUUCCAGCUCAUCGUCAUCACUCAUGAUGAGGAGUUCUUGAGGGCGAUGAACUGUAGUGACUACGCAACUCAUUAUUAUCGCGUCACUCGUGAUGGAAGUCAGAAUUCGCUUAUUGAGCUGCAAGACAUUAGUUUGGUUUCGAAAUAA